UAGCCUUUUCUAACAAACACCACAGCUAAAUUCUUCUACGAGCGCCUGGUGAACUACAUGAUGUCGGGGGAGACAGAGGCUCUAGUACUGGCCCACUCCCAGGCCCUCCAGAGGUGGAGGGACCUCAUGGGACCCACUAAACCAAGUCUGGCCCAGUCCCUGGCCCCUGACUCCAUCAGAGCUCUCCACGGACUCACCGACACCAGGAAUGCUGUUCAUGGCUCUGGAUGUGAGGCAGGCUUUUUGAUGGAGAUGGAUAUUCUGUUUCCUGACUUCAACAUUCAGCAGUGGUACCAAACCGAGGAGCCCCUCUUCCGGGUUGGACGAGUCAGUUUCUGUGAGCACUCCCUCACCCACAGACCACUAGCCCUCCACCCGGAACCUCACCAAGAGAAACUCUCAAUGUCUCUUUAGUGGUGGUAUAUAGAAACACAUUGUAUAUAUCACAGUGUGUCUCAGUUACAUCAUUGUUUCUCGGCACCUUGUUUCACAACCGUUGUUGUUUACCUCUUUAUAGCAGUGUGUAUAAUAUUAUUCCUGCGUCUCUUUCUCACG